CGCCCGGGGAGCGGCGGCAGAGGCGCGGCCGUCUGCAACAGCCCCGGAUGAGUCUGCUGGGCAAGCCGCUCAACUACCGAGCCAGCCGCCGCGACGCCCGCUACCGACGCCUGCAGAGCAAGGUCUACAACUUCCUGGAGCGGCCGCGCGGACUGCAGGCUAUCAUCUACCACAUGCUCGUUUUCUGCAUGGUCUUCACGUGCCUCGCCUUGAGCGUUUUCUCUACGAUACAAGAGUACGAAGAAGACGCCAGAGCCAUCCUUUUCUACAUGGAGUUCGUAGUCGUAAUUUGGUUUAGUAUAGAAUUUUGCCUGAGGCUGUGGUCCUCUGGUUGUAGAUCUAGGUACCAAGGCGCUAUUGGACGAUUAAAAUUCCUGAGGAGGCCUUUUUGCAUAAUAGACGUGACGACCAUCUUCGCAACGAUGGCCGUGCUGUGCGCGAGCGGGCCGGCGUUCGCGGCGUCGGCGCUGCGCGGCCUGCGCUUCUUCCAGAUACUCCGCAUGGUGCGCAUGGACCGCCGCGGCGGCACCUGGAAGCUCCUCGGUUCCGUCGUCUACGCUCAUCGGCAGGAGCUGAUAACGACUCUCUACAUCGGUUUCCUGGGUCUAAUAUUCGCUUCGUUCCUCGUGUACCUCGCCGAGAAGGACGCCAAUCCUACGAGCUUCUCCAACUUCGCAGACGCCCUCUGGUGGGGUGUGAUCACGCUGUGCACCGUGGGAUACGGCGAUGCUGUGCCCAUCACGUGGCAGGGCAAGGUCAUCGCCUCCUUCUGUGCCCUCCUCGGCAUAUCCUUCUUCGCACUGCCUGCCGGCAUCCUGGGCUCGGGCUUCGCGCUCAAGGUGCAGCAGCAGCAGCGGCAAAAGCACAUGAUCCGCCGGCGGCAGCCCGCAGCCACCCUCAUCCAGAGCCUGUGGCGCUGCUACGCCGCCGACGAGCACUCCAUGUCGGUGGCCACGUGGAAGAUCCACCAGGUGCCGCUGCCCAGCCCGCCCUCUCGCGUCUCUUCCAGCUUCAAGCACAACGCGUCGUUCGUGUCGCGGCUGCCCACCAUCCGCCGCCACAAGAGCUCCUCGCUGCACUCCCCGUCGCUGGCCAAGACCGGUGGCGGCGGGGGCGGUAGCGGUGCGGGGGCGGCGGCAGGGGCGGCCGCAGGUGGCGCCGGCGCCGCAGCCAGCGGGACCCGCGGCUUUGCCGAGCUCAACGCGUCCUCGGAGAACCUCGGUGGCGGCUCAGGCUCAAGCAGCGUAGGGCACAGGACCCUGAACGCGAGCCGCAGCGUCGACUCCGUGAGCGAGUCGGCUCUCUCGAAGCGAACCUCGGACGACGAGGAGGAGGAGCAGCCGCGCUGCGUGCAGCUCACCAACCAGCACAAGGGCGCCAUACGCGCCAUCCGCAAGCUCAAGUAUUUCGUGGCUCGAAGAAAGUUUAGAGAAGCCCUGAAACCGUACGACGUUAAGGACGUCAUUGAGCAAUACUCGUCCGGGCACGCAGACCUCUUGAACAGGGUGAAAAAUCUGCACUUCAGGUUGGACCAAAUUCUCGGGAAGCAAGGUUCAAAGGCGAAAGAUGUAUAUGCAUCAAAAAUCAGUCUAGCGUCGAGAGUCGUUAAAGUUGAAAGACAGGUGGACGACAUCGAGAUGAAACUGGACCAGCUGAUCGAGAUGUACCUGGAGGACCGCAAGCGGCUUCUGGCGCUGCCGCUGCCCACGGACUCGGGCCCGCCCCCGCCGCCCGCCCCCGCGCCACCGCCCGCUCCGCCGCCUACGCCCGCGCUCCGCCCCAAACCCAUUCUCAUCGACAAGCAGGCGUCGGAGCCCAACACGCCCAUCGCCAAGAGCUUCACCGACGUCACGGCGGUGGUGCGGACCAUGCAGCGCGGCCACUCCGACCUCAGCCACCGCAUCCGGAAGCGCGUCACCCUCAGCUCCAUUCCCUCACAGUAUAUGUCAUCUGCCUUGACUGUUGAACCAUAUACACAUGAGGGAGAAGUUGUCAUUGUGGUACCUCCUCUUAAUCCAAAUGAAGAAGAUCAUGAAAUAGAUUUUGGCAGCCCGAAGACCACAGAAAGCACAACUCAUGUAAUAUAUACCCCUGAGUCCAUAAAAGAAGAUCUCCAAUACUCAUGGGAUGGUGGUGAUGAUUCAGUUGUAACGGAGAACACUGCACUGUUGAGGAGAGCAGCUGCCACUGAGAUCAUCAUAACCCCUAUCAGUCCAACAGCGUCCUCUGCAGAUCUCAGUCAUAUGGACAGCCAGGAAGAAAAGUGUACAGGAGAAUCAUCAACUAUUGCAGAUAUUCAUAAAAUGGACUUGCUAAAGCCAGAAGUAAUUACACUCUCUGAUGAACCAUAAGAACACUUUAUAUAAGAUUCUGGUAUAAAGCUGAUCAAAGAGACUUUUAAUUAUUAUGAAGAGACAAAUGUCCGAAAGACAUUGUGGAAGAGACUGCCAUUAUGUUUCAUUUGCAGUGAGUUUUCAUGUGUAUGUGACAGUUUUAAAUGAAGUGAGUGUUUUAAAGACAAAAAGAAAUGAAAUUACAAAAAUCAUCUUAUUAAUGGAUUGAGAAAGUGACAUUUUCUUUUAUUUUACAAAACAACGAAUUGUUGAAAUGGAGAAAUUUAUUUU